UGCUCACAGUCAUACUUCAUUAGCGACAGAGAAAUGGCAAAAAAUUUAGCACGAAACUGACACUCUGAUAGGAACGUAAAUAUAUUUCUACAGGGUAACACUAAAUCACGGCAGAAACACGACUAACCUCGAACUUUUAAUGGAGUGAGGUUGGUCUGAGAUUUAUGGCUUCCAUUCGUUGAAUUGUGGAGGAUGGAGUCCAGCUGAGGAGUUCAAAUGGUUCUAUCUGGAUUGCCGUACAUAACGGCUACAAAGGGCAAGUAAAGAGGCUGAGAAGAUCUGACAACGGGAUUUUCGAUGACUUGAAGUCGUCAGAAAAAGCAUCCAUCAAACAUGGGCAUUAAAUUCACAGAUAUGCAAAAAUGAAUGUGAUUUAAGCUGCUUUGCUGAUUUAAAACCCAGAAGACCAAGAAAAAAAAACUAAAAUUCAUAAAGACUGGAAAUGGACUCUUCGGCACAAGUGGAUCCUGGAUCCUGGGUUUCUCAGACAGCGAGUUUGGCUCAUGUCGACACUGAUACCGAUGUUGAUAUUGUGUGGAUGGUGUCCAGGCUCCGGGCUGUGGCCGAGAACAUCAGUAAGCUGAGACAACUCUUCCACUACUGUGGUGAUAACCGUGGACCUUCCCAGGCUGAGGUUGAUGUCGGCCUUGCGGCCUUGUGCGAUUCUCUCCAGUCCCUGAAAGAUCGCUACCCAUACAUGAGACGUCCGCCCGUUGGCCUCGCUCAGUCCGUCCUUUGCGACUCCCUGAAAGAUGUAAAGAGCCAAAAGACCUCCGAGACCAAACGCUACAGUGAGAUCUUCCGGGACUUUGACAACCUGGAGCUCUCACUCAUCCAUGCGACGGUGGAGGAGCUGCUGCCCGACCCUGACACUCAAUCCAUCGCGGAGUCCAUCUCGACGGAAACAACAGAAAAUGCAGAACAGGAAGAGCUGAUGUCUGAAGAAGGGUAUUCCACAGAGUUUCGGACUGAUGAAUACCAGAAGGAUGGACCUUUCACAGCUCAAGAUGCAGACUUGGCCCUGUGUCGCUGUGAGGGGGGAGUAGAGAUGGCCCUUCAGUAUGCCAAGAUGUGGUGCAGGUAUGCCAAGGACCUGCUCACGUGGAUGGACAAAAGGAUUAGUCUGGAACAAGAAUUUGCAAAGAGCAUCAUAAAGGCAGCAGAGGCUGCAAAAUCCAGCAUUUCUCAACAGGACACUAUGCCACUACAAUACAUCUAUACCAUGGCCAUGGAGCAUGACAUGAAGAACAGCACGAACAACAAACAUGUUGGGGACAUGCUGCUGCAGCGCUGCUACCAGGCUCUGUCUGCCAAGAAGAACGAGAUCGACAAGUGGCGUCGGGAGUUCAAGGAGCAGUGGGCAAGAGAACAGAAGAGAAUGAACGAUGCGGUAUCAUGCUUGAGGAAGGCCCGUCAGCAAUACAAGCAGCGCUGUGAGGAGCUAGAGAAGGCAAAGGCCAUGAGUGCCAAGGCUGAGGAGGAGUUGGGUGGCUACAAGACCUUGGACAAGAGGAGGAAGACCAGAGAUGAAGCACAAAUCAAGAUGAAAGAGGCAGAGUCACAGUACAAGCAGUGGGUGAAUGAUGCCAACAUGCACCAGGAGGAGCUGGAAAAGGUGAAAGAGAGGAUCAUCUCGCAUACUCGCAAACUGAUCUUCCAGGGAGACACCGUGCUGAAGGAGGUGACCGUGAACAUGUUUUACUUCCAACGGCUGCAGACAGAGCCCAUUCCGCUUGGUUACCACAACCUUGAGGUCACAUGCCGGCCCUGUGAGCCUGGCGAUCCCUACCUGCAGUACGUCAUGCACCAGCCCCGUCGUGAACAGCCUCGCCGGACCUUCACUUUCCAGGAGUUGACUCCACAAAGCAGGAGAUCAUCUCCCAAUGGCCGUCGGAAGACUAGCAACACCUCGAAUGCAUUCCAGGACUCAUACCCACUGCCUGAUGAGAAUGAGAAGCGGCCCAGUAACUCCAGUGACAACCGAAAGCAGGGCUACAGUGACAGUGAAAGCAUCGGAGGAAGUCUGGAGUCACUGACCAGUCCAGCCUAUGGGAAUCGGAAGCUGCCUAAAGCCCCGUCCACUGGGACCGUGUCAUCCGAUGACCUGGAUGAGAAAGAGUCGGUGAUUCUCUGCGAGGGGGACGCUGACCCUUCUGGGGAGGGUAACGGGGCUGGGGGUGCUCCCUGCAAAGGACGCACACCGUCGAGAGCUGCGCUGACACACAGACUCAAGAAGAUGAAGAGCAAAAUGGGCAAGUGCAGACAGUGCGACAACUACAUCUUGGUCAACGGCAUUGAGUGUGAGGAGUGUGGCCUGGCAGUCCACAGGAAGUGCCUGGAAGUGUGCCAGGUGGAAUGUGAGCACUGGAAAGGAUCUGUCUUCGGGGUUAACUUUGCCACUCUAUCCUGUGAUCAUCCGGAUGACGUCCCCUUCAUCGUACGACGGUGUACGGACGAAAUUGAGAGCCGGGCACUGACAGUGCAGGGCGUGUAUCGUGUUAGCGGGUCCAAACCUCGCAUUCAGAAACUCUGCCAAGCUUUCGAGACCCAGAAAGACCAGGUUGACCUCUCUGAGCUUUCACCCCAUGAUGUCACAUCUGUCUUGAAGCACUUCUUCAAGGAGCUCCCAGAGCCAUUGAUGACCUUUGACCUGUACAAUGAAUUCAUCGCGGUGGGCAAGGAGAUCCAGCGGCUGAUGGAGAAGGAUCCUACAACCGUGUCUUCUAGCAUGGUGGACAGUGUUGUACUCAGCUUAAGGGAAGUUGUCGGAAAACUUCCCCCAUGCAAUUACAGAACACUGCAUCACAUGAUCGUACACCUGAGCAGGGUAUCAGAACAGUAUGAAGAAAACAAAAUGUCUCCAGCGAACCUGGGCAUUGUGAUUGGUCCAACUCUCCUGCGCCCCCUGGUGUCAGGGGAUGUUUCCAUGAUUGCACUACUAGAGACCACCUACCAGGCUCUUCUCGUAGAGUUUCUCAUCUCACACCAUGAUCAGGUCUUCGGCCCCCACCAAAGGCUCUGCACACCACCGCCUCCUGUUCCCACAACUCCUCUUCCAGAUACCCCCGACAAGACUGUCUCCCCUCAUGCUGUGGACAACAUGACUCCCCAAGACACAAAGACCUCAAGCCAGGAACGGCCUCGAUCUUUAGAGAGUCACACGAUCAAGAGAGACUCGAGUGAGGGCUAUAUUUCGGACAAGUCUUCGUCCAAUGAGGCAGUGGACCAGCUCAGCCCUGAGGCCAAUGAGAGAGCAGGCCUGGCUGUAAAGGUGACAGAAGCUUCUCUGCCAGCAGACUCAGCAAGGGACCUGAAUACAACCUUUGGAGCCCAGCCCCGGGGUCACUUCAGUAGGCAGCCCAUCAAAUACCAGCGCCAGCCCACACCCGUAGUCCAUCUCCGAGCUGCCGCUCUGCGAUUGGGGCAAGCGGGCACAGAGGAGAGCAGCGGAGAGAAAAGCCAGCCCAAGAGUGCUGACAGCAGCCGCAGCUCAUCUCCAGAGCCUGGCACCCUAAGGCAGGCGCGACGGAGGCUGGAGAUCACCCCGGAAACCGCCCGACUGCUCAACAAGGCCGGCCACACCCCCAGUAUCCAGACCUUCAGCCAGGUACACUUGGCCCCGACUAAACAGGAGGUGGCACUGGCUACAACAGGUCACACGCCAGAAGUGUCCGGAGAGGCGGAGUCAAAGGAUAACGUUGAUCUUCUUGCCAAAAUGAACAGCAAUCAAUCCAAUAACAGACCAGGAGGCCGGGGGCGGGGUUUAAACCGACAGUUCAGGGGGCAGCCAAUGAACGAGAGGACUGCUCAGAAGAUUCUUUCUGGGCUGAAGCGUAAUGACUCUGGGAAGGGGGAGCGGGUACAUUUUGUGUGAUUGCGAGUGGACCUGCAGUCUUAGCUGGGGGCAUCCUUUCUGUUACGUGUACUGUUAUAUUUAAUAUGUAAACCCAUAAAACUGUGCAGGUACACAUGGCUAACCAUGUUCAGAAACGUGUAUAUUUUGAUUAUUGCACACUCUAAAGAGUUAGGUACUGUCUACAUAGAGAGGAGGAACACUUGCGGGCACAGUGUUGGACCACCAUCUGCAGACACCAGGUACUGCGGUGACUAGGUGCUGACAAGGCAGCUAAAAUUUCCAGGCAGGAUGUGUUCUGCCAAGACUCCAUGUCAGUUACUGGACUUGAACUGAUGGCCAAAUUUGCAACUGUAAGCUCAUAAGACCUUAACUUUCAAGGCUAAACAUUCUGGCUGUAUCUGUACUCAGUUCAAGUCGAUUCUAAGCUUAUGCCUAAAAAUGAUGUAAAUGAGAAAACUGUUGCACUGCUGAAAUCAUGAUGUGCUGUAUGAUUAUGUCUGUGAAGUAUAAAAUGUACAAAGCACUUACAUGAAGCCAUAUGUCUUGGAGCUAUGCUUUUCGUGUGUUUCUGUAGAGCGUGUCAUGCACAGCCCAAAAUCCUUGGGUUUGCAUACACAAAAUGUGAUUUAUUAGUGACUGAUGUACUGCAGUCCUCCUGACCAUUUGUGUCUUGUGGACACAAGACCGCAGGGGGGAGCUGAGCAGUUGUGAAACAGUGCAAUGUGGUGAUGUGCUGUCCCACCCGAGGACUGAUGCAAGAUUAA